GAACAAACAACGACAAUACACAGAGAGCUUACUGAGACUGAACUUGACAAAAUAGAGCAUGACAGCUACGAAGCAAACACACAAAAAUACAGAAUGGGCAUUAAAACUUCUCAAAGACUGGCUAAAAGAGAAAAAAUGGAGACAGACAAGUAUGAAGCAGAGGAUCUUAAUAAGGUAUUACGAUCCUUUUAUGCAUCUGUGCAAAGUGCGAAUGGUCAGACUUAUUCAAUAGCCAGCUAUAUGGCCAUCAGGACUGGCAUUGCCAGAUAUUUUAAAAAGUUUGAUAUCCUGAAAAGUCCAACCUUCAACUCCAGCAAUGCAGUUUUUAAAUCUACAAUUAAAGCCAUUCGUAAAGCUGGCAAAGACAUUAGUCACCCACAUUCACAGAUCUCACCAGCAGACAUGCAUCUAAUACGAAACUCCGAUGUGCUGUCACCAGACACAGCAACUGGUCUUGUUCGGAAAGUGUGGUUUGAUGUACAACUACAUCUAGCAAGACGAGGCAGAGAAGGGAACCGAGAUUUAAGAAGGGAUUCUUUUACCAUGAAAUGUGACGACAAUGGCACCGAAUACUUUACUCUGUCCCACAAUGCAGAGACUAAAAACCACAAAGACCCGAAAGAUCCAUGUAAAGAAAAUUACAGAGGCUGCAUCUUCACUGAACCCAACAACCCCAAGUGUCCUUUUGCUACUUUCAAAAAAUACCUGGCACUCUGUCCGUCAGACGCAGACGCAUUUUAUCUUCAUCCACUACGACAAAACCAGGAAACACUGAACAAAAGAACAGUCUGGUACUCUAAAGAGCCGAUGGGACAUAACUACCUUGCCAAGAUGAUGCCCACAAUCAGCGAAGCAGCUGGCCUCUCACGAAGAUACACAAACCACAGUUUAAGAAGCACGGCUGUGCAACUUCUCUCGCGUGCCGGAUUGGAAACAAGAGAGAUUAUGACUGUGACCGGACAUAGAUGUGAAAGCAGUCUAAAGACUUACUGGACUCCGACCACCGCUGACAAACAGAAAUGGAGCAGUAUACUUUCAUCAAAUCCUGACAACAGCUUGGCAAGCAGUGCAAUCAACAAAAAGUCCAUAGAGGAAACUUUCGAUCACUCUACCAAAAACAUCAACUUCAACAUCCCCGCUGGGACCACAUUUACAAUGUCACAGUUCACAUUUAAUGGAAAUGUGCAAUUUAAUACUUGUAAAUAAAUAACAUACUCAAAUAUAUAUAUUCAUAUGUUGAUGUUAUAAAUAGUCCUUCUGUAUUUUCUGUCUUUUUAUGUAAUUCCUUUGAAUGUUAGUCACGUACUAUAUCGUUUCGCGGAAGGAUAAAAAUGUUAAUUUAAAACAAAUAUGCCAAUAAAAUGUUUCAAAUUCAUAUUCAUGUCCAG